CGCCGAAGGGCCCACGCGCCGGAGCCAGGCGCACUCUGAAAUUUUAAUCUCAUUUCCUAGCCAACGAAGAGAAUAAUCCCAUUUCAGCAGAUUCUAAGACAUUGAUAUAUACCAGGAGUAAAGAGGGUGAACCAAAAAGGGGGAAAGAAGAAUGUCAGGCAACCAAGAAAGGAAGAGUGAAGGAGUUCUUGCAGACGCUCUAGCUGAACGAGACACAUCUUCGCUAACCGAUGCUGUGGAACAAGUGGCAAAGCAGCAACAGUCACAAACAUCAGAAAGAGAAAGAAACCAAAGAGUUCUGCUUCAUUUGCAGAAUGAACUUCAUGCGCUAGAAAAACAAAUAGCAUCUGUUUCUGCAGAAACUAAAGAAACAGAAAGGCUAAUUGAUCAGCAAGAUGCUGCCAUAGAGAAUAGCAAACUUCAGUGUGAAAACCUGGAAACACAAAUCAAAUCCUUACAUACGGAAAAUGUAAAGCUUCAGUUUGACAUAGAAGCAGCCCAAGAAGAUUUUGAAGAACACUUAAUAAGAUAUAAUGAGUACUAUGUAAGAAUAAAAGCACAUAAAGAUAGUUUGGGGGAGGAAGAAAGCAAGUGGUCAUUUAUGACUGAACUCCAUGAAAAACAAGAUCUGGUUAAAAAACUAAAAACAAUGAAAGAGGAACUUAGGCAAGAUCUCCAGAAUCCAGAAGGAAACCGGAUGAAACAAGUACAGGAAGACAUUACAAAGCUAAAGGAUAAAAUUACAACUAUAAAAGAAUCUAUUGUUGAAAAAACUUGUUUUCUUGAGGAAGAAAAUAAGACACAUGAAAAAUUAAGAAAAGAAAUAGAGGUACAGCAUAAGAGAUAUGGUGCAAUUCUUAAGCGUUUGCAUUGUCAGGUGAACAAGCUUCAGUCAGAUAGAAGGCACUGGCAAGGGAGCCUUCAGCAGCUGGAAGGAACCGCAGCAGAACUAAGAAAACGCAUUGCGAUGAAAGACGAACAUGGCCGCAGGACGAUGUCGAGCACAGAGUAUUCUCACGAAAACUCUGAGACCGGAUGUUGAGACAUCGUUUGGAUUCUUUUA